GUAACGACACAUCAAAGCCAUUACCUCAAGUCAAUGUUGGCUUUUCUACCAUGUGUAUAUCUCUUCACGACACUGAUUGCAUCACUGUUCUUCACCAUGAUCAAGAUGCACUGUCGACCAUAAGGCAGGCAAUUAUGGAAUCUUGGCCCCACGGCAUUCAAAACGAAUAUGCCAUUUGUGGGACGGGUCAUGCAUUCAAAGUUAUAGGUAAUCCAUUUAAUUCACCUGAAUCGAUUAGCUCUCGAAAUUCACGACAAAUGAUAGCGACAAUCCUUCAUAGAUUAUACAACAUUGGGCGAAGAGUGGUGGUAUCAUGUGACCUCGGACGCUUGAACGAUAAAAGUGCGGUGUUUCUCACACGAUCUCCCAGCCAUUUCUCAUCGGCAUAUCCAUUUGUCUGCGUUGGCUUGAGCAGCACCGACAAACUUAUGAUUAUCAAUCUGCCAACCCAGCUCGUCGAAACCUUUAAGCAGACAGUCCGCCGCAAUUGGACGAGAGGAAUUCAAAAUGAAUCCUAUCAAAAUGGAGUGUUUGAGAUAAAGAUGUGCGGUAACCCUUGGGAGUCAACGGACGAGCAAUCCAUCAUGGCAAAACUGCUGCUCCAAAAUUUAGUCGGGUUUUUUUAUCAACACCAAUACUCCUUCGCUGUCAACGUGAACCUCAAAAGUACCGCAGACUCUCUCUUCUUUCGCCACGAUCCCGACCUGCCCGCAGGCUCGUUCCCCCAACUUUGUACGAUAAGCCUUAAUCGUACCGAUCGUCUCCGAAUUCUUUGCGCCCCCGAGCCGAUCAUAACAAUAAUACGCGGUGUUAUACAAAGCGUAUGGUCACCCGGUACGAUUCAGAAUGAGAAAGACCAUCAUGGAAGCUGGGAAUUCAAACUUUCAGGCAAUCCUUGGCAUUCUUCAAAGGGGGAGUCGGUGAUGGCAAGGUAUUUAAUUCUCAAGAUUUUGGAAGCAAUGAUGGUACAGGGUUGGCAUAACAUAGCAGCCAUAGAUAUCUCACGUCGCCUAAGUGAUAAAUCCGUGUUGAUAUUUAAAAAAGGCGAGCCCAAAUGCUGUCCGGUCAUGUGUCUCAGUUUAACGGAUUCGGAUAAAUUGCGUCUGAUCAACGCGCCACAUGAACUGGACGAUACGUUCAAGGAGAUUGUCCUUAGCCGCUGGAUGAAUGGGAUCCAGGAAGAAAAAAUAAUGAACCUUAGUUUUGGUGGCGUACGCCAAUUGAAACUCAGAGGUUGUCCGUGGAACGGUGGAAUAAACAACGAUACGUGUCACAUGCGCAGCUUUCUUUGCAACGUUAUAGAGGCGUACGCAGCACGUGGUUGGCGCGUGUUGAUGGCAGGGGACGUCUCGGCCAAAUACGAAAGUAACUGCUGCUGUGAACCUGACUACCCCAUUGAUGUCCACAGCUUUUGGUUUGUUUGCGACGGAAUGCAACUAUCCUCACCUCCAACAGCACAUUAUCCUACUUCCGGCUACGGCAUCAUGCCUUCUCCUAAUGCAGAGAACCCACCAACCGCACCUUACCCACCAACCACAGGAUAUGGAUUGCACCCUAAUCCUAACCCAAACAUUUCUCCACACGAACCUCCUCCUACAUAUGGUCAGGCCGUCGGUUGGGAAGCAGGAAGAAAUUGAAGGAAACACGACUUUAUGAAACGCAUAUUAAAGUAUUUAGUCUGAAUGAUUGAACGUUCUGUGAACGCUUAAAUGGUCUAUUUAAUCAAUUCGAGAAAAGGUCUUUAUAGCAUGAUGGUCAUCAAGCGAUAGAUAUUGAUAUUUUUCUAUGUUAUUCCACAAUGCUUGUUGUCGCCAUGGUAAUUGGUGAAGCUGGGUAAAGCUUGUGUUCACACAAUGAUAAAAUCAAUCAAAAAACUUCACAAGCUAAAUGUGCAUACUUAAUACCAGCAAGAAAAUAUAAUGAAAAUUCUUGUUAAAUUGUA